CACUCGUCAAGGACCGCGCUUCAACGGGCCAUCGAGAGUCCACGUUCUUCGCUGUUGAAGAGUACGCGACAGUGUCCACUUGAAUUUCGACCGUUUUGGACAGUGACAUACUAGCACACAUCGAUCCAACUAUAGUUCCUUUUUCCAAUGAUCCGUUCACUAGGAAUUAUCUUACUGACCCUCAGCUUGGGAGAACUAGUUCUGGGACAUGGACGACUCAUGGAUCCUCCUGCUAGAAAUGCCAUGUGGAGAUUUGGUUUCCAUACUCCUAUAAACUACAACGAUAAUGAGCUGUUUUGUGGUGGAUUUGCAGUGCAAUGGCAGCAGAACAAAGGAAAAUGCGGCGUCUGUGGAGAUCCACACCACGUGGAAGACCCUCGUCCCCACGAAGCUGGUGGUCAGUUUGCCAAAGGCGUCACCAGCAGACACUACAGUGUGGGUCAGAUUAUAGAUAUAGAAAUCGAGCUUACUGCUAACCAUUUGGGCCGUUUUGAGCUGUUACUUUGCCCGAAUAACAAUCCUGCUCAAGAGGCCACGCAGGAAUGUUUUGAUCAGCAUCCGCUGUAUCUGGUGAACACCAAAGACGUUUUUUUCCAGAUACCAGACGAUGGAAGGAAGAAAGCAGUUUUCAAUUACCAAGUCCAACUCCCACCCUACGUAACCUGCACCCAGUGCGUCAUGCAGUGGACUUACUACACUGGCAACCAGUGGGGCACCUGCCCCAACGGCACCGAAGCCCAGGGAUGCGGUGAAUCCGAGACUUUCAGAAACUGCGCAGACAUUGCAAUACACUCCAGCACGGGGGGCGCCGUACCACCUCUAUUCGUCGAGAAUCUGAACCCCCACCAGCUCUACUACAAGGACCAUAGGAGACCCGCCCCUUACAACGUGGUGCCUCUGGUGGUCAGGGACCAGAUGUGUAUCCCUACGGGGUUGUACAAGAAGAUCCCUGGUGUUAGGGAUUGGUGCAUGAGUAAUUGCUUGAGGUAUCCCCCCAACUGCCCCAAGGAUAUUUGUGAAUGCCCAAACACAUGCGAGGCCAUUGGAAAAUACAAAGGAAAGUUGGGAGCUGACGUCCACUGUAUCGAUAAAUGUUUGGUAUAUCCAUCCAAAAAUUGCCCAACUUCAGAGUGUGCUUGCUACGAAGAAAAAUAAACGAUUUUUUGUGAAAGGGAUUCGACUGAAAUAAAUAUUUUGCUACUUU